AUGGAUUUCCUCCAAACGAUCGAAGAUCCACGUCAUACACCUGGAAAACGACACGGUUACGCAAAGGAGCAAUUAUCACCUCAAGCAUUCUUCAGUAAUAAUCAAAAAUCCCUAAUUAGCAGUUUUAUCACCACUCCACCUGUUGCUAAGCCACAAAAUCACCUCAUUGGCUAUAAUAUCAGUAAUGCUGAUAAAUUUUAUCAAGUCAAGGAACAGCAACAGAAACGUAGCAGCUAUGCGCCACUAUAUCCGUCCCAGAAAUCUGCAUUUUUUGCAUACAGAAACUCUCCGAAUCAGAAACCACCGGGAAAACAGAUAGAGCCACCGACUAUUAUCGAUGGCUUACCAAAUGAUGACAUCUUGAGGCCAAAGCCAAGAUAUGCAACAUCUAAUGGUGUAGCACAAACAGUGAAAGUAAAUAGAAUUGAUGGCAAGCAAGAAGGUAUGAUAGCGCAACAGCGAUCAACAAAAGUAACAUGUUCGGAAUUUGGAUUCAGAGAGUUACCGAUGACAGUGGAAAAGAAAGUGGAUGAUUUAUUACGAUCAAAAAAUUUUAAAAAUAUUUUAAAUAAAUUUCAGAUAGCAAGUGAUCGUGUACUGCAACAACAAGAGCAACGAGAACGAAUUCGAUUGAAUGCAAACGAUCAUAAAUCGGAUAAAGGAUUCAACAUUCCAGAUUGGGAACAAUCAAUCAAAGUUGCACAUUCAGAACGUAAUUAUAAAUUGACGAAGAAUAAACAACAAAAUUUACGAGCAUUUACAAUAUCUCUAUCAACUGAUAGGAAAAAUAUCCGUAACAGUUUACCAAAGCAAUGGAUUAUGAAGGUAAAUGAUACGCACGUGGGGAUGGACGUGGAACAACGAUCACCAACAAUGUCUGGCAUAUCAACCAUAUCACAAUCAUCACAAAUAUCAUCCUCUCAUAAGCCGCCAAAUGGAACUAACAAUUUAAGAUUGGUAAGUAUGAAGCAACGAGCAUUCAUCGAUAAUUGUUCCCACCGAAAUGAACCAAUGAUGCGUCGAGAAUUUCGUUAUGCUCAAAGUACCAAUCAUUCUGGACCAAUUCGAGAAAUUGAUGCCCAAAAAAAUUUAACUGACGGCACAUCAUCCUCCUCUCACGGUUGCAUUAUCAGAUGUGCUUCAACAGAAAGCUACAAGAAGUUUGCACCACCUGCACAGAUGUCAAUGUCAUCAAAUGCGUCAUUAAUACCGCUAUCGGAAUCGCGAACAAUGAAUCGAAAUAUCAGCAGUGAAACGGAAGACAAUGAUUCGACGGCAUCUGUUAUCGGACUCUAUAAGCAGAUGAGACAAUUCCAGAAUAAUUUUAUGCAUUAUCAGCUUUUGCAGAUGACUUCAAAUCAUCUUGAAAUAUUAGAAUAUGCUUCAUUACAUCUAACCAAAUUUUUCCUAAAUCGUACUUCAAUGAUAUCAAAAGCAAAUCUGCAAAAGUUGAAAUUGGAUGACUUAAUUUUCGAAUCAAUGAUACCGAUCUUCUCGAAAUGUUCCACACAUUUCUUUAAUGCAUUUUUACCACAUGAUGGCUUUCUCAGUUCGGCAAUCAACGUGAUAGCUGAACCUGUAAGCAUUCAUCCCAAUCCAGUGAAACUUGACCUUUCGGUUGGAAACAUAUGGAAUCCGCCAACACUUGUAGAAAUUAAAACAAAACAAAAUGAGGAGCAACGUAUAUUUCGAGGUACUCUGCAACAACGAAAUAAUCAAAAAUAUCGCUUUUUAAUUAUUCCACGAUAUAAUUUGUUCACAUUCGGAUCAUUUGCUGCUAAUUAUCGACAAGAAUCACUUAAAAUGACGAAUAAGAAGCCCAUCAUAGGAUUAUGUGAUUAUGGUCUAAAAAUACUUUCAACAUUGUUAAAUUUAAACCGUAAUUCGCUAACAAAUUUUAUAUCUCCCAUUCAGGAAUGCGCUAAAGCAUUGCAACAAGACAAAUCCAGUUCGUUGACAGAAGCAAAAAAUGCUCUAGAAUUUGGAAUGUUUGUUGGCCAUGAUGCUUCAUUUAGCGACGAAGAGGAUGUGCAAGCUUGGAUUGACUCGAAAAGAGCUGAUUAUGUUAAUUAUCUGUUUCGUGAAGUGGCUGGCGGUUCCUGUUCGCCUAAUGAAGUAUACGAGCGGUUGCGUUUGCAGUUCUUGCUCUCCAUUACACCACGAACACUGUUGAAAAUGUUUGAAAAUAUGAAAUCCGCCAAAAUUUUAAAUAAAAUUUCGUUUUAUGUUUAA